AUGGCACCGAUAUUCGAAAUAAUGUUGCAAAAAAAAGAUUAUGCUAACAGUUGCAAAUUGAAGGCAAAAUAUAAUCCUUUCGCAUCUCGAGCUCGAGCUACAGAUGUAGAUUUUGACGAUAUGGUUAGAAUUGCUGAUAGUAAUAGAAUGUUAACCAAAGAGCAAUUAUAUGGCGAUACUUUAUCUCAUUUAACUAACUUAUUAAGUAUAUCUGUGAAAUUACCUCAAAAUUUUGAUUCACGUGAAAAAUGGCCAUUAUGUUGGUCAGUGCAUCAGGUGACGAAUCAAGGUGGCUGUGGGUCAUGUUGGGCGAUGUCCGCUGCUUCAGUUAUAUCCGAUCGUAUUUGUAUUGCAUCGAAUUACGAGAAACAAUAUCAAAUUUCUGCUCAAGAUCUUACUUCAUGUUGCACAGAAUGUGGCGGCUGUCAAGGAUCACACUGGGCAUUAGCACCAUUUACGUAUUGGAAAAAAAAUGGCCUUGUUACUGGUGGAAAUUAUGGUACUUUUGAAGGUUGCAAACCUUAUUCUAUUACACCGAAAUGUGGAAGUCCAUGUUCUACCGAUUACUAUGAAAAAAAAGCAACACCAAAAUGCGAAAAGAAAUGCCAAAUAUUAUACGGAAAAACUUAUAAUGACGAUAUUAUAAAGGGUAAGAAGGCUUAUUGGCUUCGAGGUAACAAUGAAACAACGCCAGCAGUUCAAACAUCUAUCACUCAAGCUAUAAACAAUCAUGAUCCUAUUGACCUAUUAAAGCGAGAAAUUUUCUUAUAUGGACCGAUACAAGCAUGCUUUACGGUGCAAGAAGAUUUUCAACAUUAUAGUUCAGGAAUAUAUCAUCGAUUUAAUAAUUCGGAUUCGAAAGAAUUAUAUGGACAUUGUGCUAAAAUGAUUGGUUGGGGGAAUUCGAAUGGUACAGAAUACUGGUUAUAUAUGAAUACAUGGGGUCGAGAAUGGGGUUUUUUUCGCAUAGCUUUAAAUGAAAUACCGGAAGAAGCGAUUGCUGGAUUACCCUUUUAUAUUAAUUAA